GGAGUACAUUUGACGCAUCUCGUCUUCUCUUUAGGGAGACCGUACUGUUUUGUCAGGGAACCAUAACUAUGGCGGACAAUUACCAGUACCCCGUUUAUUUCGAGUGCCACAGUCUUCUUUCGGAGAAGGACAACAAGAAAACGGAGAUGUUUUUCCGUGUUCACAGGCUGUCCGGCGGAGGAGACUGCGGUCCACUAACCAGAGUGGCUGAUAACUUCUACAGCAUCGCGUUCAAAAGUCAGAAAGAUCAACAGGAAGUGUUGAGGAGAUCUAAGCAUGUCGUUGAGCUCACUGAGGGUCGUCUGGUGUUGAGUGUCAGGGGCGACCUGUCACAUGACUCCACCGCUGCAGCGCCAGCAGAGACCCAGCAGUCCAUUCCUGACCUCACUGAUGCAGUGGUUGAAGCUAGUGACUGGAAAGGAGAGGAAGACCAACUGAGUGAUGGUACUCCAGUCCAUUUUGAUGAAAAUCCACAUGAGGUUGAAGCUCAACACUACAGAGGAGAAGACAGCAGAUCAAGGAUCUCUGGUGUGGGAGGUACUUUGGUGAACGCAGAGUUGUUGGAUGUAGAGGAGGAGCCAUGUUUCGAUGAGAGCUCUAUAAAGGUGGUGAGGGCCAUGCAAAAACCAUCUGACAGGCGGCUUCUGGGGCAAAGUGCCGCCUACGGUACAGGAAGCGAAGAUUCACUUGGAAGGGAGUUUGAUUCUGCUGGACAAAACGUAGCCAGAGGAGCCACAGCUGCAGCUCCCAAAGGUCCUGUCCAGGUUGAGAUUGUUCAGGGGACCAUUGAAAGUCAGCAGACAGAUGCAGUGGUAUCUCCAAUGAUCAUCAACGAUCCUCUGUCUACUCGUGUUGGAAACAUUCUCAGUAAAGCAAUUGAUCGAGAUGUGACUCAAAGUGUUACAUGGAAGUCAGAAAGUGAAAUUAUGGCUGGCGACGUCAUACUAGAGGAAAAUUUGACUGGAGUUCCUUUUGGUGCCGUGUUCUUCCUCAGCCUUGUUCAGUGGGAUGCAGAAGACGAUGGAAUCGCGGUUCAGGUUCUCCGACUGGGCAUCAACCAAAUUCUGACUUCCUGUGAGAGCAAAGGGUUGGGCUCUGUAGCCCUACCUGCACUUGGGGCUGGCAUUGCUCUGUGUUUUCCAGUCACUCUGGUAGCCAGGGUUUUACUGGAGGAGAUCUCUAAAUUUGAACAGGAGAGAACCACCAGCGCACCAGUUCGAGUUCUCCUUGUUCUACCAGAUCCAGAGGAUGUAGAGAUAUUCAAGUGUGUACAAGAAGAUAUGAAGUACAACAGAUUUACUGAACAUGAUCAUGACUCCAGUCCAACGAGGAUCGUUCUGCUGGGGAAAACUGGAGUUGGGAAAAGCCACCUGGCUAACACCAUUCUGGGGGAGGAAGUUUUUACUAUAUGCCAUUCUCCUAACUCAGGCACACAAACAUGUCAAUCAGAGACCAGAACAGUCAGUGGGAGGUGCCUCACUUUGAUCGACACGCCUGGUUUCUUCGACACCGACAAGUCAGAAGAAGAGUUGAAGCCGGAGAUAAUGCGUUGCCUCACUGAGUGCGCACCUGGACCGCACAUCUUUCUCAUUUUACUUAGAGUUGACAGAUUCACAAAGCAAGAGCAACAGGUUAUCACAAAAAUAUGCAAUCAUUUCUCAGAGGAUGCUCUGAAAUAUGCUGUAAUCGUGUUCACUCACGGCGAGCAGCUCCAAGAAGGGAUGAAAAUCGAAGAGUUUGUCAGUCAGAAUGAGGAUCUGAGUAAUCUGGUGAAGAAGUGCGAAGGUCGGUGCCAUGUGUUUGAUAAUAAACACUGGAACGGAGAGAGGCAAGAUGAUUACAGGAACAACCAGGUCCAGUUAGAAGCAUUCCUUCAGACAGUAGACAAGAUGAUGGUGGAAAAAAACGGAUCCUACUACACCAAUGACGUUCUGCGACAUGUAGAAGAAAGGAUCCAGAAGCAAGAGCAGCAGAUUAGAGAUCUGGCAGUGUACUUACCCCCACAGGAGAUCAGGAAGCAGGCUAAAACUUUUGUGUCUAAUGAAUUUCUGAUCAAGUUAGCGGGUACUGCCACCGGUGCUUUGUUGGGGGCAUUUUUUGGAGUGGCAGCAUUAUUGGAAGUUGUAAUGAAAGUUGUGAACAAUCCCACUGAAGUGAUGAAACGCGUGACAACCCUAAAAACGAUGGCACCUGCAGUAGUGGAAAGUGAGGUGGCAGUCGUGGCUGGUUGUGCCGUGGCAGGUGUUGCUGUGCUAGGUGCAACUACUUUAGGGGGAAUUCAAGGUGGUGCUAUUGGAUGUGAAGCAUCUAAGGAAGCGAAAACUCCAAUGGAGGCAAUUGAGAAGAGUUCUGAGGCUGUUAUGAAGGAAAGACAAAGGUUCAGGAUGCUGCCACAAAAUUAAUAUUGUGGAAGCGUAUCAAUCUCCUAACGACUGCAUUGGCAGUGAUUAGGAAAUUUAAGGAUAAUUAUUAUUUUUGCUUCACACUUACCGUAAAAGUACAAUAUUUUGUGUAAUCAGCCGCAGCAUUUUGAGUGUCUUUUUAACCUUGGAUGCCACAGCAUCAGCAAGCAGCUGACAGGUGCAUAUUGCUAACAUACAGGCUGGAUUGUCAAAGGAAUGUUUUAUGUGAGCUUCAUAGCGUCUCGUGGAACCAGUGCCGAUAAGAGAUAAAGUGAUAUUUUUAGAACCAACACUAUUCAAAUGCUGCUGAUAACUUUUUGUCAAAAAUACUUUACUUGUUUCUAUGUAAAAAAUUCUAUUUUAAACUGCAAGAUUUGAGUACAAGGGGCCCCUAGUUCUUCUUUUUUCUUUACUUAUCUUUUUAAAUUCCUGCUUUUGUAAAGGCACUUUAUUUUGUCAUGCAGGCAGUUCAUAGUGCUACUUGUUUUAGACAGACUUUGUCAUUCUGCUGCACAUUCACAGCACACAUAUUGAGCUAAAUUUUAUUGCAAGGCUCCCAACAGAUAAAAACAACAAAAAAAACAAGUUAAAAAAGAAGACAGCAUAAGUAUAUAUCAUAAUAAUAAAAAGACCAGUGGGAGUUUGGCAGUCUUGUGGCAUUAAGCUGUUAAGCAACGCUGUUCUGCGUUUGAAGUUGCUGUACCUUUUGUCGGACGAUAGGAUGGAGAAUAAACCGCGGUGAGGGAGGAUACUUUACACAUUUGAAAGAUUUUACCUUUCUUGAAGUAUUUUGUAUUUUAUUUCUUUGUAAAAAUUAAACUUUGUGUCGAUUCCCUACCCCACUUU